UGUAUUUAAUAAUUUAGUAGGAAAAUCAAUGGAAACUUCCCAUUUACAUCUCAGCGUGUUCGUGGUGAUCAAGCAUGAAAGAAAUUAUAAAUAGGACUCCAUUGUGAGAUUCUUUGGUGUAUUCCUCCAUAGUUUUACCUCUAGUAGUGAAUGCUCAUGAAAAUACCAAUGAGUGCUACUUCUUUAACACUUGCUUUCCCUUGGUUUCUCUUUGCAGCAACUGUUUUUAGUCUUGGCCUCUGUCAUGGAAGCUUUAAUGCUGGCUGCAUUGAAAGUGAGAGAGAAGCUCUUUUACAGCUCAAGCUUGGCCUUAAAGAUCCUUCUAACCGGCUUUCUUCUUGGGAUCGUGAUGUGGAUUGCUGUGAAUGGCCUGGAGUCAUCUGUGAUAAUCUCACCAACCAUGUUCUUGAGCUCCAUCUUAGAAGUCUUUCUUUUGAAGAGUAUCAUGCCUCAAAUGCCACUGGUGGCUAUCAUGAAUAUUGGGAAAGGUCGGCAUUUAGAGGUAAGAUCAGUCAAUCUUUACUCAACUUGAAGCAUUUGAAGUACCUAGACCUAAGCAACAAUAAUUUUCAAGGAAUUCACAUUCCCAAAUUCCUUGGCUCUAUGAAGAGUUUAAGAUACCUUAACUUCUCCAGAGCAGGAUUUGGAGGAAUGAUUCCUCAUCAACUCGGAAAUCUUUCAAAUUUGCAAUAUCUAAAUCUCGAAGGUCAUGGUUAUUAUUAUUAUCAUGAGAUAUAUGUUGAGAAUUUAGAUUGGCUCUCUAGUCUCUCAUCAUUAGAAUUCCUUGACUUGAGUUCUGUGAAUCUUAGUAAAGCCUUGGAUUGGUUGGAUGCGAUGAACAAACUCCCCUCUCUGGUAGAGUUACACUUGUCAUACUGUUCACUAAGUCAUAAGGUUCCUUCCAACAUCAACUUUUCAUCACUUGCCAUCCUUGAUUUGUCAGGAAACAGAUUUGGUGAAUCUUCUGUGUCCAGUUGGAUUUUUCACAUUCCAACUUUGACUUCUCUUGAUCUUUCAUCUAAUAAUUUUUUUGGACCAAUCCCUGUUCAACUUCAAAAUAUAACUUCACUUAAGGAGCUUGAUAUGUCUUAUAAUAAUUUUAAUUCUUCAAUGGCCUUUUGGUUACAUGGUCUUCCCCAGCUUGAGCUUCUUCGCCUUGCCUCUAGUUUUGAGUUGCUAGAUGGAAUUCCAAGUGCCAUUGGAAAUUUUACCUCCCUCAACAGUCUUGACUUCUCACUCAGUGAACUUGAAGGCGCAAUUCCAAGUGCCAUUGGAAACUUGACUUCCCUCAACAACCUCGACUUGUCAUUCAAUGAACUUGAAGGAGCAAUUCCAAGUGCCAUUGGAAGCUUGACUUCCCUCAACGACCUCGACUUGUCAUGCAAUGAACUUGAAGGAGGAAUUCCAAGUGCCAUUGGAAACUUGACUUCCCUCAACAACCUCGACUUGUCAUGCAAUGAACUUGAAGGAGGAAUUCCAAGUGCCAUUGGAAACUUGACUUCCCUCAACGACCUCGACUUGUCACGCAACAAACUUGAAGGAGGAAUUCCGGCAUCAUUCAAAAAUCUUUGCAAGUUGAGGUCACUCGAUUUGGUCAGCAACAAUCUAAGCCAAGAGAUAAAUGAGGUAUUUGAAAUUCUCUCGGGAUGUGUUUCAAAUGGGAUAGAGGUGUUGUCUUUAUCUAAUUGUCAAUUAUCAGGUCAUUUAAAUAAUCUUCUUGGACAAUUCAAGAAUCUGGAUUCUCUCCAUCUUUCCGAUAAUUCGAUUGCUCACCAAAUUCCGCCCACUUUGGGUGUGUUGACUUCCUUGACGUCUCUACACCUUUCCAAUAACAAACUGAAUGGAAGUCUCCCCAUAGGUUUUGGAGCCCUUGAAAAUUUAGUAGAUGUAGAUAUUUCUUAUAAUUCAUUAGAGGGUGAAGUUUCCGAAAUUCACUUUGCAAACCUUACAAAACUGAGACGUUUUGAUGGCUCUCAUAAUCAACUGAUUUUAAGAGUCAAUCCUCAUUGGAUUCCACCUUUUCAACUUGUUGAAAAAAUGUCUUUGCGAUCUUGGGAUGUUGGACCUCAACUUCCUAGAUGGCUCCGUUCACUGAAGGAGUUAGGCUUUCUAGACUUGUCAAACUCAAAAAUUUCAAGUACCCUUCCUGUUUGGUUCAGUGACUUGUCUUUAAGACUUUCUUAUCUUAAUUUAUCUCAUAACCAAUUGCAUGGCAAGAUUCCAUAUUUGUCCACUACUGAUUAUAGUUUUUCCUCCAUCGACUUGAGUUCAAAUAAAUUCAACGGCCCAUUGCCUAAUGUAUCUUCCUAUUGGAUAGAUCUUUCCGAUAAUUCACUCUCUGGAUCAUUAUUCACCUUUCUAUGUCAUAGAACGCAUGAUCUGAUCACUGCGCUGCUUAACUUUGGAAAAAAUCAUCUAUCCGGAGAGAUACCUGAUUGUUGGAUGAAUUGGAAAUAUUUAGAAGUUUUAAAAUUAAAUGACAACUGUUUCAGUGGAAAAAUUCCUAGUUCCAUUGGGACUUUAAGUGGCCUUCGGUACUUAAACCUUCGCAACAAUACUCUCUUUGGUGAAAUACCAUUGUCACUUGAACAUUGCAAAGAAUUGACAGUACUUCAAUUGGAAGAAAAUAGAUUGGAGGGAAAUAUUUCAACAUGGCUGGAGAAUCAAAAUUAUUCACAGAUGGUUAUUCUUAAUCUUCGUGGGAACCAAUUUCAUGGUCACGUGUCUAUAGAGCUUUGCCGCAUGACUUAUUUGCAGAUCUUGGAUCUUGCUAAUAACAACCUCAAUGGUACCAUACCAACAUGUAUCAAUAACUUCAGUGCAAUGGUAAAUGAAAGUUAUGUUGGUAUGGGAGAGCAAGGUCGGAUUCUCCUUUAUUUUGAUGAUUUGGUGUUUUCUGAUAGUUCCUCAAUUAUGACAAAGGGAGCAUUGAUUGAAUAUUCCACCAAUCUUAAUUUCGUGAGAAGUAUGGACCUCUCAAAUAAUAAAUUAUCAGGAGAUAUUCCUGAAGAAAUAACAAGGCUUGAAGCAUUGCAUUCAUUAAAUUUGUCACAUAAUCUUUUGAGUGGAAGAAUUCCAGAGGAAAUAGGAAAUAUAAAAGCAUUAGAAUCUCUUGAUUUUUCUCAGAAUCAACUUUUUGGAGAAAUUCCUCCAAGUAUCUCAAGCUUGACAUUUUUGAGUAGAUUGAAUUUAUCCAACAACAAGUUAUCAGGAAUAAUACCUUCAGGCACUCAAUUGCAAGGCUUUGAUCCAUCUACUUUCAGCGGCAACAAACUUUGUGGGCUUCCACUCAGCAAAAACUGCAAUGUUAAUGGUGAUAUGCCUCCUAUUGGGAUAGAAAGAGGAGAAGAUGAUAAAGGGUCUGAAUCAUUUGCUUGGUUCUAUUUCUAUGUGAGCAUUGCACCAGGAUUUGCGGUGGGAUUUUGGGCAGUGAUGGGUCCUUUAGUGUUUAAUAGAAGAUGGAGGCAUUUAUAUUUCAAUUUUCUAGAUAAUUUGUGGGACAAAUUUAUGGUGUGGUAUUAUGUAAAUGUUGCUAGAUUUGUGAAAGGUCAUGGUUUAUAGAGUUUUGUCCAAAACAAAUAUAUGUGGGGAUGGGUUAUGCACGUCUACAUAACUAGGUAUGAGUUUAGCUUUAUGUUUGUUGUGACAUUGUUUUUGUAUGGUUGUGCAAUUACUCUGUAAUUUUGAAUUGAGUUUAAUAAAAAAUGAAAAGUCCCACUGUUUGUGAGGACUUUGUGUGUGGUUUUGUGA